UGGUGCCACACGAGCACGAGUCGGGCGAAUAGGAAAAACCCUAAAAAGAAAACAAAUUAAAGGCUCAGACAAAAGCCAAAACCCAAAUCGUCAUUCGUCACUCGUCACCCACUCACUCUCUCUCCUCCCUUUACCCCACUCUCUCUCUAACAUAACAGGAUAUCUGUCGCCCUCAAUUGCGACUUUCCCACCACUUUCUCUCUCUCCCCUUCUCUCUCUCUCUCUCUCUCAUCAAUUCUAUUGUGUAUAUAUAUAAAUUCUAGGUUUUUUCGGCUAUGAAUCAGAACCAAGUACCGGGCUCUAAGGACGCCGAGGAAGCCGAGCCCGCGGCUCAGUCUCUUGAGGAUUCCGACAAGGCCGACGCCGACGAAGACGCCGUGGAGACUCCAGCGGGCGAUCCCAUGGAGGAGGACUCCGUCAGCCCCGCCGCCGUCUUCUGCAUCCGGCUCAAGCAGCCCAGGUCCAAUUUGCUACACAAGAUGAGCGUCCCCGAGCUCUGUCGCAAUUUCAGUGCUGUUGCCUGGUGUGGGAAGUUGAAUGCUAUUGCUUGCGCAUCAGAAACGUGUGCGAGAAUUCCAAGUUCCAAUGCAAAUACACCAUUUUGGAUCCCCAUUCAUAUUGUCAUCCCAGAGCGACCAACUGAAUGUCAAGUGUUUAAUGUUGUAGCAGACUCUCCUCGUGAUUCUGUUCAGUUUAUUGAAUGGUCCCCUACAUCUUCUCCUCGUGCAUUACUAAUUGCUAAUUUCCACGGGAGGGUGACUAUAUGGACUCAGCCUUCUCAAGGUCCAACUAAUCUAGUACGUGAUGCUACCUCCUGGCAACGUGAACAUGAAUGGAGACAGGACAUUGCAGUUGUUACAAAGUGGUUAUCAGGGGUGUCUCCGUAUAGGUGGCUGUCCUCAAAAUCCAGUUCCACCUCAAAUUCAAAGUCAACUUUUGAGGAAAAAUUUCUUUCACAGCAUUCUCAAAAUUCAGCUAGGUGGCCUAACUUCCUCUGUGUUUGUUCCGUUUUCUCUUCUGGUUCUGUCCAACUUCAUUGGUCUCAGUGGCCUCCUAAUCAAAGUAGUUCUCCAGCAAAGUGGUUCUGUACGAGUAAAGGACUCUUGGGUGCAGGACCUAGUGGAAUCAUGGCUGCUGAUGCUAUCAUUACAGAUAGUGGAGCUAUGCAUGUUGCAGGUGUUCCAAUAGUAAACCCAUCUACUGUUGUUGUUUGGGAGGUGUCUCCUGGCCCGGGAAAUGGAUUUCAGACAAUUCCAAAGACAGCCACAAGCAAUGGAGUCCCACCUUCAAUCAAUCCACCUGCUUGGGCAGGUUUUUCUCCUUUGGCUGCAUAUUUGUUUAGCUGGCAAGAGUAUCUACUAUCUGAAACGAAGAAUGAAAAAAAGCAGACAGAUCCAAAUGUCAAUGAUGUUGUACAACUUCAUUGCUCUCCAGUUUCAAACUUUUCUGCAUAUGUUAGCCCUGAAGCCGCUGCUCAAUCUGCCACAACUACUACAUGGGGCUCUGGAGUUACUGCUAUUGCCUUUGAUCCAACACGUGGUGGUUCUGUGAUAGCUGUUGUCAUAGUUGAGGGACAGUACAUGUCCCCUUAUGAUCCUGAUGAGGGUCCUUCAAUAACGGGAUGGAGAGUGCAACGAUGGGAAUCCUCUGUGCAGCCUGUUGUUCUCCAUCAAAUAUUUGGAAAUCCAACUUCCAGUUUUGGUGGGCAAGCACCUAUGCAAACAGUUUGGGUAUCCAAGGUGGAUACAAGCAUACCACCAACCAAUGAUUUUAAGUUUCAUCAAGCAGCGGCUACAGGACCAACUUCCGAUGUAAAAAAGACAUCUGAUUCUAGUGUCGAGAAGGCAAAACGAGUUAGUUUUGAUCCGUUUGAUCUGCCAAGUGAUGUUAGAACACUUGCUAGAAUUGUCUAUUCUGCUCAUGGUGGUGAAAUUGCUGCUGCUUUUCUCCGAGGUGGGGUCCAUAUUUUUUCUGGCCCCAACUUUUCAGCUGUUGAUAACUACCAGAUAAAUGUUGGGUCUGCAAUUGCUGCUCCUGCGUUCUCAUCAACUAGCUGCUGCUCUGCUUCUGUUUGGCAUGACACCUGCAAGGAUCGUACCCUUUUGAAGAUUAUCCGUGUUCUUCCCCCUGCUGUGCCAAGCAGCCAAGAGAAGGCCAACUCAUCAACCUGGGAACGUGCAAUUGCUGAGAGAUUUUGGUGGAGCCUUAUGGUUGGAGUUGAUUGGUGGGAUGCUGUUGGUUGUACACAAAGUGCUGCUGAGGAUGGCAUCGUUUCAUUAAACAGUGUUAUAGCAGUCUUGGAUGCUGAUUUUCAUUCCCUUCCUUCAACCCAGCAUAGGCAACAGUACGGUCCUAGUCUCGAUAGGAUAAAAUGCAGACUUUUGGAAGGUACAAAUGCUCAAGAAGUUCGGGCUAUGGUUCUAGAUAUGCAAGCUAGGUUGUUACUAGAUAUGCUUGGGAAAGGAAUUGAAUCAGCUUUGGUAAAUCCUUCUGCUCUGGUGCCAGAGCCAUGGCAAGCAUCUGGUGAAACCUUGUCUGGCAUUGAUCCCGAAGCAAUGGCUGUUGAACCAGCACUAGCUUCUAGUAUUCAGGCUUAUGUUGAUGCAGUUCUUGAUCUAGCUUCACAUUUCAUUACACGCUUGAGGCGCUAUGCAAGUUUCUGUCGCACAUUGGCAAGUCAUGCUGUUACUGCAGGUGCUGGAAGUAAUCGCAAUAUGGUGGCUAGUCCUACUCAAAACGCUGCAUCUCCUGCGACAAAUCAGGGGGGGCAAAGUGGCACAACAAAUUCUACAGGAAGCACCCAGAUGCAAGCUUGGGUACAGGGUGCUAUUGCAAAGAUUAGCAGCACCACCGAUGGAGUAUCCAGUUCAGCUCCUAACCCAAUAAGUGGUCCAUCAUCUUUCAUGCCUAUUAGCAUUAACACUGGAACUUUUCCGGGAACCCCAGCCGUUAGGCUUAUUGGGGACUGCCAUUUCCUUCACAGACUGUGCCAGCUUUUACUUUUCUGUUUUUUCUUUCGGAGAGCACAGCUGCCUCGCUUUAGUGGCGGUGCACAAAGAAAUGCUGAUGCUAAUAUGCAAAAGCCUCAGGCUGGUCCUCCUGGUAAGGUAGAAGAAAUUGGUUCUGCUCCUGCAAAACCAUCAUCGGUAGUCAGACCAGAUGAAAAUCAGGCAGCCCGCGCUGGUCAGAUUAUUCCUGGAGCAAAAGGAGUUGAGGAGGGGACUGCUGGAAGGUCAAGAUUGGGUACUGGUAACGCUGGUCAAGGGUACACUUUUGAGGAGGUAUAA